UAUUCCAAAAGAUAUAAUACAACACUAUAAUAUUUGCGUGUGACUAUUAAGAAUAAAAAUUACUUUUUUAAGUUAUAAGUUUAAGCACAAAAUAUGGCUGGAACCGCAAAUGCUGCCGCUAAGACCGAGAUGAUUGAUCUCACCAAGCUCAGUCCGGACCAAUUGAUGCAAAUCAAGCAAGAGUUCGAGCAGGAAAUGACCAACAUACAGGACUCGCUGUCCACUUUACACGGCUGCAAAGCGAAAUACGCUGGAUCGAAAGAUGCCCUAGAAGCAUUCCAGCCAGAUUGGGAGAACCGUCAAAUACUUGUGCCGUUGACCAGCAGUAUGUAUGUGCCGGGUCGCAUAAAGGAUUUGAAUAAUUUCAUCAUAGACAUCGGUACCGGCUACUACAUCGAAAAGGAUCUGGAGGGCUCCAAGGACUAUUUUAAGCGACGCGUCGAGUAUGUGCAGGAACAGAUCGAAAAAAUCGAAAAGAUCCACUUGCAAAAGACGCGUUUCCUGAACUCUGUGAUGGGUGUGCUGGAGAUGAAGCAAGCGGCUGCCGCAAAAAUGAUCCAGCAACAACAGCAGCAGCCGCAAGGCAAGCAGAGCGCCUAGUCGACUGGUCGCAGAACAAAUAUGAUGAUUAAAUUAUUGAACUUAUAAAGAAUUUGUGCAUUUAA